AUGAGCUUUCUCAGUUCUGAGCCUAAGAAGCAGCUUCACAUAGCUUUGUUCCCGUGGCUUGCCUUCGGUCACAUAAUCCCAUUUCUUGAGGUUGCCAAGCACAUAGCUCGCAGAGGCCACAAGGUUUCCUUCAUUUCCACACCUAGAAACAUCCAACGGCUCCCCAAAAUCCCAGAAACCCUAACCCCGUUGAUCACUCUAGUCCAAAUCCCACUCCCCCAUGUCGAAAACCUCCCUGACAACGCAGAGGCCACCAUGGACGUCCCCUACGACGUUAUUCCAUACCUCAAACUCGCUCAUGAUGGACUCGAACGAGGCCUCUCUAAAUUCCUACAAGCUCAAACUCCGGAUUGGAUCAUUCACGACUUUGCCCCUCACUGGUUGCCUCCGAUAGCUACUAAGCUCGGCGUCGCAAUCGGCCAUUUCAGUAUUUUCAACGCUUCCUCUCUAUGUUUCUUUGGAUCAACAUCAGCAGAUCGGGCGUCUAGAUAUGCUCCUAGAAAGAAGCUGGAACACUUCACUGUCCCUCCCGAGUGGGUACCCUUUCCGUCCAAACUCGUCAUGAGGCCUUUUGAGGCUGCGAGAAUCUUAGAAGACGGCAGGAAACCAAACGCUUCUGGUGUGAAUGAUUGGUUUCGUAUGAUAUCAACUGUCCAAGGUUGUCAAGUCUACUUCAUUCGAACUUGUAGAGAGGUCGAGGGUGAGUGGCUAGAUUUGCUUGAAGACCUUCACCAAAAACCUGUGGUGCUUCCAACUGGCUUAUUGCCACCAUUUGUACCAAGAAGUGAUGAAGACGAAGAAGGUGGUAGUGAUUGGUCCAGAAUUGCAGAUUGGUUGGACAAACAAGAGAAAGGCAAAGUAGUUUACGUUGCGCUUGGGAGUGAGCUAAAUUUAAGCCAAGAAGAGUUCAAUGAGUUGGCUCUCGGGUUAGAGCUAUCUGGGUUGCCUUUCUUUUGGGUGCUAAGAAAACCGAGUCAUGUGUCCGAUGGCGACUCGGUUAAUCUGCCAGAUGGGUUCGAGGAACGAACCAAAGAUCGUGGGCUUGUGUGGAAGACUUGGUCUCCUCAGCCCAAAAUUCUGGCCCACGAAUCCAUAGGGGGCUUCUUGACUCAUUGCGGUUGGAGUUCACUGAUUGAGGCACUACAAUAUGGUCGCCCUCUGAUAUUGCUGCCGUUUAUGUACGAUCAAGGACUGAUUGCUAGGUUUUGGGACAAGAAGAUCGGGAUUGAGGUAUCGAGAGACGAAGAAAGUGGUGCGUUUACGAGGAACGAACUGGCGAAGUCACUGAAUUUGGUUGUGGUGGAUGAGGAGGGGAAGCCAUACAGGGAUGGAGCUAAAGAAUACAGCGAGCUAUUUGGAGACAAGGAGCUCCAUAGCAGAUACAUGGACAAAUGCGUGGAGUAUUUAGAAACGCAUGUGCAUAAUGAGGUUUGACUGCUACUAGUUUGGUUAGAAAGGCUUUCAGCCCAGCUGUUUAGACAGUGCCUCACUUUGCAUCCAACUGAUCCAAGUAAGGCAGCAUGUUAUCAUCAAUUACGAAUUUUAUGCAAAAUAAGGAAAUAUAUUCAGAUCGACAUGUUCUUGAGCGUGCAUGGUUCAUGUGUCUUAGUAGAAAAAAUUAAAAGAUAUACACAGAGAGGCAGAGCACCAAUAUGGCAUAUUUGACCAUUAGUACACACCAAUCAUGAGCCGGACAAUCUAGUUAGAUUCAAUAUUUAAGAAACUAAAUAUUACCCACAUAGGAACAACAAAAAUAACAAUAUGUGAAACUUUCAUUUACUGAUCUAGAG